AGGAAGCAGCCAAUGGGGAAGUUGGCUUGUUUUUGUGAAGCAAGCGGUGCAAAUAUAAAAUCAGGAAUAAGCGAUGUUGGAAAAUAAAUUGAUGUAUGAACAUAAACCAACGAGUGAAAUCGGCAUCAGGUUGUUCAUACCUUACCUGACGUUACUCUGAACGAGCCGAAGCGACGAUCUAGAGAAGGAUUCUGAUAAACAGGGUUUACCAAAGUUUAGGGGGAUUUCCUCUAUUUUAGCAGAUCUCCUGCAGUUAUGGCUCCCUCGCUGGCCACUGCCUUCUCCAGGCGCUGGUGGAUGGCAAUUACUGCGGUUAUUGAAAGCCUGCUGUUUUCUGCUGUGCUUCUCGGAUGGGGCUCGCUGCUCAUUAUGCUGAAAUCAGAGGGCUUCUACUCCUUCCUCUGCAUAGAGCCAGGUAACAGUACAGGGCAGAAUGCAUCUGACAAUGAAAAUAGUACAACAAGCCCGUCAGAGGAGUUUCUUCGGAUGAAAGGCUGGCCCAUCUGCAAAGAACAAGACGAGAUGCUGAACCUGGCGUUCACCAUCGGCUCCUUCCUCCUCAGCGCCAUAACGCUGCCUCUUGGCAUAAUCAUGGACAAAUACGGCCCACGCAAAUUGCGUCUGCUCGGCAGUGCCUCCUUUGCUCUCUCCUGCAUCCUGAUUGCAUACGGAGCCAGCAAUCCAGGAAGUCUCUCCAUCCUGAUCUUUUUCGCCCUGGCGCUGAAUGGGUUCGGAGGCAUGUGCAUGACCUUCACCUCGCUCACGCUUCCCAACAUGUUUGGGGAUCUCCGAUCGACUUUUAUUGCACUCAUGAUUGGCUCGUACGCCUCAUCAGCAGUCACCUUCCCUGGAAUAAAGGUGAUCUAUGAUCUUGGUAUUGACUUUAUCACGAUCCUGCUGGUGUGGGCUAGCUGUGCCGGUCUGGUCUUCAUCAAUUGCUUCUUCAACUGGCCGCUCGAACCCUUUCCUGGACCAGAGGACAUGGAUUACACCGUGAAGAUCAAGUUCAGCUGGCUGGGCUUUGACCAUAAGAUCACAGGGAAACAGUUCUACAGGCAGGUGACCACGGUGGGUCGGAGGUUGAGUGUGGGCAAUUCCAUGAAAAACCAACCUAAACAGCUGGCCACGCAGGAGGGCAAUAAACUCUGCCUAUCCACCCUUGAUCUAGAGGUCCAGUGCAAACCAGAAGAGGAAUCCCAGUCCUUCAUGAAGAGCAUCUUCAGCCCCAUAUUCAUGCUCAGCCUCAUCACAAUGUGCGUGACUCAGCUCAGACUCAUCUUCUACAUGGGGGCCAUGAACAAUAUCCUAGAAUCUCUUGCUGGUGGAGACCUAAACAAAGUGGAGAGAAUGGAAAUGGUGAGCACGUACACAUCUAUCUUCGGGGUGCUGCAGUUACUCUGCCUCAUGACGGCCCCUGUGAUUGGUUGCAUUAUGGACUGGAGGCUCAAAGAGUGCGAGGACGGUAAUGAGAAACACGUGGCGAAGGAACCUGCUCAACCAAAGACACGUGACAAACAGAUCCAGAAGAUCACCAAUGCCACCCGUGCGUUCAUCUUCACUAACCUGCUGAUGGUCGGCUUUGGGGUGACCUGCCUGGUGCCCAACCUUCCUCUACAGAUUUUGUCAUUUGUGCUGCACACCAUCGUGAGAGGGUUUAUUCACUCUGCAGUAGGAGGGUUGUACGCUGCAGUAUACCCCUCCUCUCAGUUUGGCAGUCUGACGGGAAUGCAGUCUCUUAUUAGUGCACUUUUCGCAUUACUGCAGCAGCCUCUGUUCAUGGCCAUGAUGGGGCCGCUGGAUGGAGAUCCACUUUGGGUGAACGUGGGCUUACUGGUCCUGAGCAUGUUGGGAUUCUGCCUGCCCAGCUAUCUUCUGUGCUUUGGCAGGCAGCUGCGCAGACAGAAGAAGGAACGCGAAGAAGACCCCAAGAUCUACGUCCAGAUCAACAACAGCGCCAACGCAGAGGCCUUCGUCUGAAUCUGAUGCGCAGACGACAGCAGUCCGCUACAGAGAGCAGGAGGAAGGGGGGAAGAAGGGAGAGAGGACUUAAAGUCACUAGAGGAGUGAGAAUAUCUCCCUGUUUCCUCUAUCCGACUCCAAGCACGACACUUGCAUUGACACACACACAUCUUCAACAGGCACAGUAACAGCCAAAGCGACCCAGAGUUUCACACCGUGCCACAAAAACACACGUUUACUUCCUAGAAAUGGAUUGAAGGAACACUGUGAAGGCUAGCAAGACACGCCCUCUUUUAUCUCAUGCAGACGGCACACCAAUGAAAACAAUGCCCUUGUGUUGAAAACAGACAAAGAUAACAUCUAGACUUGAUGUACUGCCUGACAAGAAAAGAAAAGGGGGACAUUACCCUUAUCCUUUUCAUGGUGAUAUUUUCUUACUUUUUUGUUGUUGUAGAAAGGUGAUACAAAAGACAAAGCAUUCAAAUCAUCAGGUGUGAGGUCAUCCUGACUGUUCUUCAGCACGGUAUUACAUAUGUAUCACUAGUGUUAGCUUUAUGGCCAGUAUUCAAGCUUAUUUCUAACAAAGAAUUAUGCACCCAAAUUUAAAUGAACUCAUAUAUUUAGUCAGUAUGAGGACUCACAAUGCAUCUGAAAUGGAAGAUGAAAGCAUCUCGUUUUCUUUUCUUUCAUCAGAUGAGCUCAACACUAAUAAGUGCAAACCCCAGCAGACAGUGACAAGCGUCUGUAAGAAUUAACUCAACCUUCAAACAGAAAACUCUGCACAUUUUCUUAAGUGUAGAGGGCUGUGUUAAAAUUUCUGGGAAGGUCAUGGAGGGACCUUAGUAGACCCCCUACAUCACGGAUCUCCAAACAGAUUUCCUGGUUGUCUCAUUGCAUGUGUGCAGUCUGCAAUGAGAGACUGCCCCGUAGACACAGAUUCAUUGAUGUGAAUGCCCGAACGCCAGAUUUCACAUCUUAAUCUCAUAUGCCAGCAUGGGCAUGAACAUGCAGCUUUUUCUAAAGUGGGCUGACUUUCAAAACAUGGCUAUUAAUAAACACAAUUGUUCUUUGAGAUUUUGAUAUCUUUUGCUUGGCAUGUGACGCUUGAUUCAGUAGAAAGAUAUUGAACAUUUCAGUCCAUUCAGAAUGUUACAGAAGUCUUGUGGGUCUAGAUAAAGACUGGAUUUGGGAUACGCAUCUCAUUUAGUUCGCAAGUGACGGAUCUUCACCAGCAAUUGAUCAUACCAUUUACCCGAAAGUGUUUCCUAUUCUAGUUACCUAUACUGUACAACUGGCUGGGCUUCACUCAAACACAAAACAGUGUGUCCGUAUAACGUUGAAUGACUUUCUUUGUUUCAAUUCAAACAAUCAGGGUGUUCCUUAAAAGUAUUGAUUCGUUUAAGAUUCCUUCAACAAGUAGAGAAAGAGAUUAGGGUAAAUCAUAAAUGCCAUUUUCUUAUUUAUCUUGCACUAUAGUAAAUAUGGAUUUACAGUUAUAGGUGCUUACGUUUGCCAUUACAGUGUUUUCUGUUUCAACCUCAUGCACACACAAAACAGUAUUUUAGCCAUACCAUGUACGCGAUUGUUGUGUAUGAUCUCAAUAGUUCUGGUGUGAUUACAGUUUAUUUAAGGUGCUUAAGCAUCAGGAAAACAACAGUUUUCUGUAUUGCUCAAGGCAAGCAGUGGCCGUUUAGUUGCCCCAUAACUGUACUGUAGAUGAUGAAAAGAGCUUGAAUUUAAUUGAUAAAGGGAGAUUUUUGAGACAUGCUCUCUUUGGGUAAUCCAUGUUCUUGUAGCUAAUGAUGGAUAUUUGCAGUCAGCGUUGUGUACAUCACAAAAUAUAUUUUUAGCAAAUUCAUUUCAUGGAAACAAAAAAGCAUUCCGGAAAGUUUGUAUUCGGAGGCAUACCAAGUCUUCUUUUUUAUAUAUACAAGCACCAACAAACGCACAGUUGCUAUUGUCGCCAUCAAGAGGAACACCUGCCCUCUUUGUUUCAGUUUGUGUGAAUAUUUUGUCAGAGCUGAAGCUUGAGGUGUCCUGGAUGGACUGCAUUGGCUUUAACAUGAAAUUGCAAGUGAAUACCACUCAGAUGCAGUACUGUAUUACGCAUAAUGAAUGUUUGCCCUCCGAAUGAGAGAAGUAGCACUUUUUUUCUCACUGCCAUACCUUAAAUUUUCAUUUAUUUCAAUACUACCAUGUUUUUUUGUUUUUAUUCCCCAUUGUAUGUUUAUUAUUGAGGAUACUGUCUAUACAGAGAUGAGUGCAGGAGUCUGGUGCAAAGAUCAGAUGCAACGCAAAUGCUUUCUCACUGAAUUUUAUUGUAUCACUUAUUGUUGACUAUUUUGUUGAUUUUUCUUUUUGAACACAUGUUUUCUUGUUAUAUGUAUUACUUUUUCACUUUCGUGAGUGUUUAAAUAUUGUAUUUCACUUUUGGGUUACUUUUAUCGCUCUAUAGCAACUGAUGACUUUUUUUUUAUUUGAACAAUUGUACCAAUAAUUACAGGUAGGGGCCUAUCAGAUAUGUGAAAAUGAAAUAAAAUCAGAUUCAUUUGUAUGAAA